GGCGCUUCAGCCGGGCGCCCGCCCUGCCCGAGGCCUUGGCCCGGGUGGGCGCUCUGCGCUCUGGCUGGGCCGGGCUUUGCCUGGGGCGCCUGGGCCCCUCGAAGCUCCAAGGGGUGCAGGCAGGUUUGCUGGAGCUGUCGCCGGUGGAACGGGGAGUCGUGAGCCUCUUUGGGGUCAAAAGUCGUCUUUUCGUGGCCAUGAACAGCAAGGGCAAACUCUACGGCUCGACCUACUUCAACGACGAGUGUACCUUCAAAGAGAUUCUCCUGCCUAAUAACUACAAUGCCUACGAGUCCCGGCAGUAUGUGGGCAUGUACAUCGCCCUGAGCAAAAAUGGGAGAACCAAGAAAGGCAACCGAGUGUCGCCCACCAUGACGGUGACCCACUUCCUGCCCAGGAUCUGAGGGAAAGGCAGCCCCUCGGGCCUUCCCGAUCUCACCUCAAGAGGAGGAUUGUCAGAGGCCAAGACGGAGGAAGGAGGAUCCGCCGGACCCAGGGAAAACCAGCCCAACAAACUUGGUGCACUUUCAGUGGAGACUUCUGCGGGAGCAGGUGUAUGUAACAUAGUUAAGUUAAUUAUUUAAGUCUGUAUAUAUGGCCCCCAAUUUAUUUAUAGCUCUGUGGGUGUGUUGGUUUUUUGGAAAAGAAAAGAAAUGAACAGAAAAGGGGGGAACCCCUCUUUCCUGGGAC